GUUACUGCAGCCGCGGUGUUGUGCUGUGGGGAAGGGAGAAGGAUUUGUAAACCCCGGAGCGAGGUUCUGCUUACCCGAGGCCGCUGCUGUGCGGAGACCCCCGGGUGAAGCCACCGUCAUCAUGUCUGACCAGGAGGCAAAACCUUCAACUGAGGACUUGGGGGAUAAGAAGGAAGGUGAAUAUAUUAAACUCAAAGUCAUUGGACAGGAUAGCAGUGAGAUUCACUUCAAAGUGAAAAUGACAACACAUCUCAAGAAACUCAAAGAAUCAUACUGUCAAAGACAGGGCGUUCCAAUGAAUUCACUCAGGUUUCUCUUUGAGGGUCAGAGAAUUGCUGAUAAUCAUACUCCAAAAGAACUGGGAAUGGAGGAAGAAGAUGUGAUUGAAGUUUAUCAGGAACAAACGGGGGGUCAUUCAACAGUUUAGAUAUUCUUUUUAUUUUUUUUCUUUUCCCUCAAUCCUUUUUUAUUUUUAAAAAUAGUUCUUUUGUAAUGUGGUGUUCAAAACGGAAUUGAAAACUGGCACCCCAUCUCUUUGAAACAUCUGGUAAUUUGAAUUCUAGUGCUCAUUAUUCAUUAUUGUUUGUUUUCAUUGUGCUGAUUUUUGGUGAUCAAGCCUCAGUCCCCUUCAUAUUACCCUCUCCUUUUUAAAAAUGACGUGUGCACAGAGAGGUCACCUUUUUCAGGACAUUGCAUUUUCAGGCUUGUGGUGAUAAAUAAGAUCGACCAAUGCAAGUGUUCAUAAUGACUUUCCAAUUGGCCCUGAUGUUCUAGCAUGUGAUUACUUCACUCCUGGACUGUGACUUUCAGUGGGAGAUGGAAGUUUUUCAGAGAACUGAACUGUGGAAAAAUGACCUUUCCUUAACUUGAAGCUACUUUUAAAAUUUGAGGGUCUGGACCAAAAGAAGAGGAAUAUCAGGUUGAAGUCAAGAUGACAGAUAAGGUGAGAGUAAUGACUAACUCCAAAGAUGGCUUCACUGAAGAAAAGGCAUUUUAAGAUUUUUUAAAAAUCUUGUCAGAAGAUCCCAGAAAAGUUCUAAUUUUCAUUAGCAAUUAAUAAAGCUAUACAUGCAGAAAUGAAUACAACAGAACACUGCUCUUUUUGAUUUUAUUUGUACUUUUUGGCCUGGGAUAUGGGUUUUAAAUGGACAUUGUCUGUACCAGCUUCAUUAAAAUAAACAAUAUUUGUAAAAAUCGUA